GCAGAAGUCCUGAAGGCUGACAUGACAGAUUCAAAGCUGGGUCCAGCAGAAGUCUGGACAUCCAGACAGGCUCUACAGGACUUGUAUCAAAAAAUGCUAGUAACUGAUCUGGAAUACGCUUUAGACAAAAAAGUGGAGCAGGACCUUUGGAAUCAUGCCUUUAAAAAUCAGAUCACAACACUCCAGGGUCAGGCGAAAAACAGAGCCAAUCCGAAUCGGAGCGAAGUUCAGGCGAACCUUUCUCUGUUUUUAGAGGCAGCUAGUGGCUUCUACACACAGUUACUACAGGAAUUGUGCACAGUUUUUAACGUAGACCUGCCGUGCCGCGUGAAGUCUUCCCAGCUGGGGAUCAUUAGCAAUAAACAGCCGCACACCAGCGCCAUCGUGAAGCCGCAGUCCAGCUCCUGCUCCUACAUCUGCCAGCACUGCCUUGUCCACCUGGGAGAUAUUGCUCGCUAUAGGAAUCAGACCAGCCAGGCAGAGUCUUACUAUAGACAUGCAGCUCAGCUUGUCCCUUCUAAUGGUCAGCCUUAUAAUCAGUUGGCUAUCCUAGCUUCCUCCAAAGGAGACCACUUGACCACAAUUUUCUACUACUGCAGAAGCAUUGCUGUGAAGUUUCCUUUCCCAGCUGCCUCCACUAACCUACAAAAAGCACUUUCUAAAGCACUGGAAAGUCGUGAUGAGGUGAAGACUCGAUGGAGCGUGUCUGAUUUCAUCAAGGCAUUUAUUAAAUUUCAUGGCCAUGUGUACCUGAGUAAGAGCUUGGAGAAGCUGAACCCUCUUCGAGAAAAGCUGGAAGAACAGUUCAAGAGGUUGCUGUUCCAGAAGGCCUUCAACUCUCAGCAGUUAGUCCAUAUUACUGUGAUCAACCUGUUCCAACUGCACCACUUGCGAGACUUCAGCAACGAAACAGAGCAGCACAGCUACAGCCAGGAUGAGCAGCUCUGCUGGACACAGCUCCUGGCUCUCUUCAUGUCAUUUCUUGGAGUUCUGUGCAAGUGUCCUUUACAAAAUGACUACCAGGAGGACUCUGGGGCUGCAUAUCCUCUUCCAGCUGUGAAGGUUUCGAUGGACUGGCUGAAACUUAGGCCCAGUGUUUUCCAGGAGGCAGUGGUUGAUGAAAGACGGUACAUAUGGCCCUGGCUGAUCUCUCUUCUAAAUAGUUUCCAGCCUCAUGAAGAAGAUCUAUCCAGUAAUAAUGCAACCCCCCUUCCAGAAGAAUUUGAGUUGCAAGGAUUCCUGGCUCUGAGACCCUCGUUCAGGAACUUGGAUUUUUCCAAAGGCCACCAGGCAAUUACAGGGGAUAAAGAAGGGCAGCAACGUCGGAUACGGCAACAGCGCCUGAUCUUCACAGGCAAAUGGAUUGCUGAUAACCAGCCAAGGUUGAUUCAGUGUGAAAAUGAGGUAGGAAAGCUCCUGUUUGUGACAGAAAUCCCGGAGCUCUUACUGGAGGACCCUAGUGAAGCCAAAGAGAGUCUCACCUUGCAGGAGACAUCCAUGGCAGAGCCACUGUGUGCUGAUGGGAGCCCUGGACUCAAAUCAGUGCUGUCCUCUGGCAGAAGCCUGAGCAACAGCUGCGAUGCAGGAGAAAAGCCAAUGGUCACUUUCAAAGAGAACAUCAAGCCCCGGGAGAUGAACAGAGAGCAAGGACGCAUCUACCCCCCAAAGGACAUAGCGAGGGAGAGACGGGACUUUAGCAAAGGCAUAGUAGCAAAUAAGAAUGAUGGGAAGAAGGAUAACAAUAAAAGAAAGAAUGAGACCAAGAAAUGUGGCUUGGAUAAGAUGCAGGAAGCAGGAAAGCAGAAUGUGGCAGUUCAGGUGAAAUCCCAGACAGAGAUGAGGAAGACUCCGGUGUCUGAAGCCAGGAAAACACCUGUAACUCAGACUCCAAGUCAGGCCAGCAGUUCCCAGUUCAUCCCUAUUCAUCACCCAGGAGCCUUCCCUCCCCUUCCCAGCCGGCCAGGAUUUCCUCCUCCAACCUAUGUUGUCCCCCCUCCUGUGGCUUUCUCCAUGAGCACGGGGUACACCUUCCCGGGUGGCGUUUCUGUCCCAGGAACCUUUCUCCAGCCCACAGCUCACUCGCCUGCAGGAAACCAGGUGCAAGGUGGGAAACAGUCCCACAUUCCUUACAGCCAGCAACGGCCCUCUGGACCAGGGCCAAUGACCCAGGGACCUCAGCAAACACAACCUCCUUCCCAGCAACCCCUCUCAUCUUUACCAGCUCAGGCAACAGCACAGUCCGCAAGCCAGUUACAGGUCCAAGCUCUGGCCCAGCAGCAGCAGCAACAGUCCCCCACGAAAGCUGUGCAGGGCCUGGGGAAGAGCCCACCACACCACUCCGGAUUCCAGCAGUAUCCACAGACAGACUCAUCGAAGCAGCUCUGGAACCCCCCUCAAGUCCAAGGCUCCCUGGGGAAGAUCAUGUCUGUAAAGCAGCCCUAUUACCUGCAGGCCCAGGACCCCCUCAAGCUCUUUGAACAGUCAUUACAGCCUCCUGUGAUGCAACAGCAACCUUUGGAGAAAAAAAUGAAGCCUUUCCCAAUGGAGCCAUAUAACCAGAACCCCUCAGAUGUCAAGGUGGCGGAUUAUUACUGGGACUCUUCCUAUAGCAUGACGGACAACAGGGUGAUGAGCCAGCAGUCGAACCUGGACCGCAGGGGGAAGCGGCAGGGAGUCUUCCGCUCCGAGCAGGACGCUGUCUCCAGGAUGACCUUUGAGGACCCCAAGAGCUCCCCUCUGCUUCCUCCGGACCUGUUAAAGAGUCUGGCUGCCUUGGAGGAGGAGGAAGAGCUGAUUUUCUCUAACCCUCCUGAUCUUUACCCAGCUCUGCUGGGGCCUCUCGCCUCUCUUCCUGGACGAAGCCUCUUUAAGUCGCUGCUGGAAAAACCAUCAGAAUUGAUGUCUCAGUCAUCAUCUUUCCUGUCCCUCAGUGGCUUUUCUCUAAAUCAGGAAAGAUAUCCAAACAACAGCAUGUUCAAUGAGGUAUAUGGAAAAAACAUGAAUACCAGCACAAAAACAGAAGUCACCCCUUCAGUUGCCCAUCAGGAGACUUCACUCUAUUCUCUCUUUGAAGGGACUCCAUGGUCUCCAUCCCUUCCAGCCAGCUCAGAUCAUUCAACACCAGCCAGCCAGUCUCCUCACUCCUCCAACCCCAGCAGCUUGCCAAGCUCCCCUCCAACCCAUAACCACAACUCUGUUCCUUUCUCCAACUUCGGGCCCAUUGGGACUCCAGACAACAGAGAGAGGAGAGUCGCAGACCGCUGGAAAACAGAUAAGCCAGCAAUGGGAGGGUUUGGUCUGGACUAUCUCCCAACAACAUCAUCCUCUUCGGAGAGCAGCUGGCACCAGUCCAGUGCUCCCAGUGGUACCUGGGCAGUCCAAGGCCCUCCUGCCAUGGAGGACUCCUCAGCUGUGCUCAUGGAGAGCCUAAAGUCCAUCUGGUCCAGUUCCAUGAUGCACCCCGGCCCCUCGGCCCUGGAGCAGCUGUUGAUGCAGCAGAAGCAGAAGCAGCAGCGCGGACAAGGCGCCAUGAAUCCGCCGCAUUGAGACACAGGAGGCAACCCUUCCAACGAUGGCUCCAUAAACCAUGGCAUGUUGGGUCUGUGGGACUGGCACACACAGUCCUGUGCAGGUGGCAGCCCUCUCUUCUGUUCCUUGCUGUCAGGAGGGUGUAAGUGCUCCACCAACCCGCUGAGUGUGCACAAAACGUCUGCAGUGCAAGCAAACAACAUCAGGAACUCUCCCAUCCCCCAGGCCCUUUGGAGGGAGAGAGGAACUGCUGUUUGGCUCACUCAGUAACCCAAUAUCACCGCCUCUCACCUUCUCCAUUGUGCAUGUCCCCAGCCACAUGGGAAGUAAAAGCUGAGAGCAAAGGGCAGAUGGGAGAAGCCAAUGAGAACUUCUCAAUCCUUUUCCUCUCUUUGGGGAGAUACAAUAGGAAUCCAUUAAUGAUUGCUUCGCUGACUGAGAAUGUAGUUGAAAUUACUCCUAAACAUCUUUGUUACUAUCUCAGUAGUAAGAUCACACUGAAUUCUGUACACAGACGUGCUUCAUAGUCAGUGUGUAGCAAUGAAAGCCCCAGUUGCUGCUCUGGUCACGGUGGUGAUGAGGUGGGGCUCUGUAUCCUGGACUAGCAAAGGAGUUUCAUGAAAGAGAGAGAGAGUCUGGCACUUGGCACACUUCACCCAGAGGCUUUGGGUGGGUUAGAGACUCCAGCAUGAAAUGCCCUUCUCUCAGUAGGUGUUUGAGCUAUAAGGGGUGACAUGGGGCAUCGCAGCACUAUGUUGAAAAGCAAGUAACUGCUACGGGGUUUUAAAUUAAUGUGUGAUUCCUGUACAUUUUACUGUAGCAUAGUGGCUAGCCCCACAAAGGGCAGGCUAGUCUGUGCAUUCACAGCCUGACUCAUUUUAAUAGGUAGGUAGAAAGCUUUCACUGGGGUUUUUUUUUUGUUGUUUUUUUUUUCUGGGUUGUUUUGGUUUUUUUCUCUUUCCAUCCUCCCAUCUUCGCUAAACGCUCGUAGUUUCAUUACCAUGGCAGAAAAUAAUCAGGGGUCCAGGAGGGCUGGUUGAAUCUGACAGCCAGCCCAGACAGCAUGGGGCAUCCGCACUCCCGGUGAGGCACAGGUCAGCUCUGCAGAAACCUGUCCCAGCUGCAGCCCCAGGCUUUCAGUGCCAGAAAAAAACGCAAGGCACCCAUGGACACACGGAAACAGCACAGUGCUGUUCACAGAUGAAAAGGUGCAGAAGGGAAAAGGAAAAAAAUGUUUUAUUUGCUAUUUAUUAGGGGGAAGGAAGACUGGAAGUUUUGUUAAAGAAAAGGA